AUGGAGAAAUUGAACUUGGAACACUGGAGCGAUCUCUCUUAUCAGCUGAGCCAAGAAGUCCAUACCAAUGUCUUCCCAACGGAGCUUAAGGUAUCUUCUACGCAUCAGCUCAUCCUGUCUACCAUGGGCUAUGAUGUGAAGGUGGUCGAUUACGAUGACAUUCGAUACUCCGAGCUUAUCGGAGCGGGAGCCAACAUGGUCGUCUAUAAGGGAACGUACAAGGGGCGAGUGGUAGCUUUGAAGCGGAUUCGGCCUACGCUUUCCAAUCCCGAAGCAGCGUUGGGGACCGUCAACAUGGAGAUCAAGAUCAUGUCCGACGUCUUCCUCCGCGAUCACGACAACAUCGCUAAGCUCGAGGCCUUCACUUGGUCUCUGAGCGAAGAUAGAGAGCUUACGCCGGUUCUCGUGAUGGAGUUGGCCUGCCCAAGCUGUCCUACCCUCUCUAAAUGCAUCGAAACGAUCGAUAUCCGCGACUUCACUACUAAAGCUUACCUUAUUUCGGACAUCAUUUCUGCCCUCACCGCUAUACAUGCGGAAAACAUCAUUCACGGAGACCUCAAACCGGAAAACAUCCUACUAUUUCUGGGCUCUCGAGACGGCAUCGCGAAUGAAAGGGCACCACUCGUCGCUAAGAUCAGUGACUUCGGAUUCUGCGACGAUAGCGAUGAGCGUAAACACCCACUCAACAUGCUAGCCAACGAUGCGGCGGCAGGCGGGACUGAGUACUGGAACGCGCCGGAGUGUCUUACGGAAGCACCCGAAGACAUCAAGCAUUACGCCAGGAAGCCCGAGCGGGACAUGUACUCUUUCGGGCUGGUUGUCUGGUAUAUAUUGGGAAGCACGCCUCCACUAGGGUCGACCACAGGGAAGGAGUGGGAAGAAUCGCGCGACGCCGUCAUGAAGGCCAAGCUGAACAGCGACGUCCGGCAACGCUAUAUGUCCUGGUUCUCGAGCUCUCUCCAGAUGGUGAGGCUUGAGGGAAGUGACGCCGCCAUUGAAACCUUCGAGGCGGAGUUAGAGGAGGAAGUACCCGAGAUCGACUUCGCGAGGAUCAUGAUGAUCAACAAAAUCAAAAAUGACCCUCUUUUCCGUACUCAGGUAAUGUUUGAUGAGCUAUUGUUCAGGGCUGAGGGAAAGGUGUGCUGGGCCAUUCGUGAUCCUACCAGAGAGGAAAUGGUGCCAUGCCCGGGCUACCUUCCCGUGAUGGUUCCCUUCAUUCUAGCUAACACCUUACGUGAGCCGUCGGCAAGGCUUUCGGCUGCGGCGGCUUUCCCAAUAAUUGUGCCUAACCGGAAACCGGCGAAGAUCUAUGACUGCUGUGACCACUUGAACGUUAGACCAAAGCGCGACGGUUGGCAGCAAUGGGCGAGCCGAUCCACCGAUCCCUUUGCGCCAAAUCGGAAGCUACAAUUGCUCAGUCCCAAAAUGCAUGAAGAACUCCGCAAUGCAUUGCACGACGAUGCGGACGGUUCGAAUCCCUCAUUGACCGCAACCCUCAUGCUGUGGACCAUGUACAAACUGGGCUAUGGAGUCCCGGGUGACGCGGUGCAAAGCGACAAGUACAUGCGCAAUAUCCUCCGCCUUACCGAAAAUUCGACCAUCGCACGCGGCAUUCGAUCCCAAUAUAUACAGAGCUAUUUCAGGUCCAAGAACAACGAGCCUACCACGUUGGAUCCUCAAGAGGCGCUCACUUGGGCUAUCCAAUCCCUGAGCGACGAGAUAACCACGGUAGCGUCCGUCAGUCCACCGUGCAUAUCAUCAGAAUUGUUCGAACUUCGUAUCGCGAAAGCCCUCGCGAAUCUUCACGAGAAAGCCAAGCUCAGGUUUCUGCGACUGUGCUCGUCAGCGUACAUCUACCACAGUGCUCGAAAACAAGCAAACCGAACGGACCCGCUUCUGCGGCAUCCAGAAGCGGAAGACUCUGAGGAUCUUCCCGAUUUCCGCGGUCCAUGGGCAGGCGUCCUACUUAGCGGCGAUCCCGAUGGCUUUGAACGGCUCGCGGAGACCGGUGCAUUGCCACCCGAACUGCGCUUAUGGAAUAAUAGCAUGGACUCAAUCCUAUGGCUCUUGGCUGGUUAUAAUAUAAGAGAGGGCGACGCCGCAAGAGGCUUCACCCAAGGUUUGCAGCAGAGGCAGACGGCAGCGCGAAAUCUGAUUCGAAUAUGCGCAGACUACGGCCUGGUCAGGCUGCUCAAACACCUUGCAGACAAGCACCGUGUCGAUAUCAACCAGAAACUGGACACUGGCUACAACACACUACAGGAAACUCUGGAGCAAGGCCGCAUCAACAAGGCUGUUUCACUGCUGGCAGUAGGCGCAGACCUCAACUCGGUCGCACACGAGGACUUUGUUCGUCACGUAUGUGGCGACGGUCACUGGGCGGCGAUAGAUUUCUGGACCCGGCUCAAAAAGAUUCAAGAAUCCCUGGUCGAUUCAGGGUCCAGCAACUUUUUGUUCAUACCCCACUACCGAGACAUUUUCCGAUUGUUCCGCGACGACAAUAUGGAUAUGACUGCUCAGCGCUUCGAAAGAGAUGUGGAGCCGAAAUGUGCGGUAAAUACUCUGUACUUCUCCAUUGUCGAGAACUGCUGGCAUGCAUUUCUGGCUCUAUUACAAUAUGGAGUCGACUGCUCCGCGCCAUGCAUGGGUUCCUUGAAUGCUCUUGAAACUUCGAUCAUCAUGAACCGGCCUUUACUUGUCGCCACGUUGGUUGGGCCAGAAUACGCCUCUCGCUUAGCGAAGAAAGACAAUGGCCAUUACUCCCUAUUCCAUCUCGCAGUUCUAGGGAAUAAGCGUUUCAAGGCCGAGAAGCCAUGGGUAUACGGCGAUCCCGAAGACUACAAAAGCGACAGGGAAGCUUCGCUGGCGGACGCGGGAAACCAUCAACAGAUCAUCUUGGAGCUCAUAUUAGAGAAUAAGUCCCCGCCCAUAGACGGGCGCGAUCGAUUCGGCUUAACACCGUUCCUAGUAGCGGUGUUAGAGGACAACAUGGUAGCCCUGAAGUGGCUAGAAAGGAACGGAGCAAACGGAAGCGAAGUAGCCCCCGACGGAUGCACAGCUUUGCAUCUCGCUGUUGCUGCCCAAAAUGAGCGGAUGGUCGAUCACAUACUAAGCGGAUAUCCGGAUCUGCUCGAGAAGAAAGACCUCACCGGACAAACGCCCCUGCACUUCGCCGCAAGCCAGUCGUCUCACGAUAUCGUGCAACGGUUGUGCCAAGCCAACCCGGAUUUCCUCGCCGUCGACAUGCACGGAAGAACUGCCCUGCACAUUAGCUUGGAUCUGGGACAACUAAAUGCAUUUGUGGUCCUCGUCUCCCAAAUCUGGGCUCGUUGCGAUCGCACUACGCUCCGUGCCCUGCUCAAUGCUCACGAUACCUUUGGACGAUCUUGCUACCACCUCAUCGCAAAGCUGGGUCUCGAAGCCGUCCAGCACAUCCGGGACAAUGUCGCGAUCAACGUCUUCCACCUCUACUGGCAUCCCGCGCAAACACAACCAAACACCUGGUCCGCGGCGCACUUCGCGGUUGUAGGCUGCCCGGACCUGCUCGCCAUAUACACCACCAAAGCCAAAGUCAGCGCGCCGGGCUACAUGGGCCUUUCCUGCCUGCAUCUCGCAUAUCUCAAAGGCGACCUGGUUACUGUGCAGCUGCUCAAUCACUGGGGCGCCGACCGCGAGAUGCGGGACGAGCUCGGAAGGAAGCCCAGGGACCUUCUCCCUCCCGAUGCGGAGCAAUUUCAGGCGAAGAAGUUGAAGCUGCUGAACGCGAUGAGCGCGCCGGCGAGGCUGGCUAUGGAGGAAGAAAUGGAAGCGAGGCUAGGUGUUUCGAUUGUGGAGCGGAGAGCGAUGGCGAAUGCUGGCAUGGCGGAAGAGGUGGGACUGCGGGAGUAUCUUCCCGAGUUCACACCACCGAGCGUUCUUCCGGGGAGGGCUGGGGAUGCCGAGGCGCUGAGUAUGGAGGACGUGGAAGGGGUUUUCGGAAAGCGCGAUACUGAUUCUCCUGGGGCGGGUACAAAGAGGGCUUCGGUUCUCAAGAAGGUCCGAGACGCGCUGAGCUCGCGCUCAUAG